CGCAGUCUAAUCCAGAGAGUGAGGAUGCGCAGCAGCGGUGAUAUGUGUCGAAUGAACAUCGGCUAAGUACUUCUCUCGACUGUGAUUGACAAAAACCCUGCUAACACUUUGUUCAUCAAGCCCCCAAAAGCCCAUUUGUUUGAGCCUGAAACCGUCGGGUCGAUCGGGACAAAUUGAAUCCAGACCAGGACUCUUCAGACGCUACGUCGGGACAAUGGAAUCCAGCCUGAUCCCGGACAGUAUCCGCCCUCAGCGGCUGCAGCCAGGCAUUGGAUUCGGUUCAGGACACACCGGGACCCUCCGCUCCUCUCUCCGGCCCGGGGUGACGGUCCCCAUCGCGCCGCUGCUGCCCUCCCCGGCCUCUCUGGCUGCUUCCUGCGGGCCUCCUCUACCCCCGCCUCCCCUGCAGUUCCACAGCCUGUACGGCGGUAUCGGAGCCGCGCUGGGGCCGGGGGCUGCCGGCCACUGUAACCCGGGGAACCCGGCGGUGCUGAAGGAGGCGGUGGAGGCUGUGGUCCGCAGCUUCGCCAAACACACGCAGGGCUACGGCAGAGUAAACGUGGUGGAAGCCUUACAGGAGUUUUGGCAAAUGAAGCUGACCAGAGGGGCCGACCUGCGGAACGGAGCUCUUGUUGUUUAUGAAAUGGUCCCAUCCAGCAGCCCUCCAUAUGUUUGCUAUGUCAGUCUUCCUGGGGGCAGCUGCUUCGGAAGUUUCCAGUUCUGUCCCACCAAGGCAGAGGCAAGACGCAGCGCUGCCAAGAUUGCUCUGAUGAAUUCUGUUUUCAAUGAACAUCCUUCUCGACGCAUCACAGACGACUUCAUCGAGAAGAGCGUCAGUGAGGCCCUAGCGACCUUCAAUGGAAACAGAGAAGAGGCUGACAAUCCCAAUACAGGAAUUGGGGCUUUUCGCUUCAUGCUAGAGUCCAACAAAGGAAAAUCCAUGCUGGAGUUUCAGGAGCUGAUGACUGUGUUCCAGCUGCUGCACUGGAACGGGAGUCUGAAAGCCAUGAGAGAACGACAGUGUUCCCGACAGGAAGUGCUGGCUCACUAUUCCCACCGGGCUCUUGAUGAUGACAUGCGCACUCAGAUGGCCGCCGACUGGGUGAACCGGGAACAGAGUGUAGCGAGCACUAUUGCGCAGGAGGUGGCAUCAACGGAGCGAGAACUGGAGGACGCCAGGCUGGCGGGCAGAGAACUGCGUUUUUACAAAGAGAAGAAAGACAUCCUGAUGAUAGCUGUGGGCCAACUCAAUGCAGCCAACACUGCCACGCUGCCUUCGCACUAAACCUGCCAUCCAUUGUGGAAACAUGCCUUCACACUCCAUAGGAUUCCUGGUAACAGUAUUGAUCAUUUCAUAGAUAUAAAGGUGCUUCAUCUGAACUUUUAGGUUUGGUAUCUUAUGUUUUUUACAUGAGGACCAGGUAGUCAGGGCUUGACUAACAGUAUGCACAUCUGUUCAUAACACCAACACAUGCCGCUAUAGCCGUUACCUCUUUGUGCCUAGUGAUUACAGGAUAACACUGCUUUUAAAAAAACAAAAAACUGUAAACUUGUUGGCAUUCCAGCUGACUAGGGUUUAUAUGUUUUUCAUUAUUUCAUAUUGUAUUUACACGAAGUAGACCUACAGAAACACGCGGCCUGCCUUUCAUCAGUGAAUGUACGGGACAUAAGUUAAUAUGACCCAUCAAACCAAACUCAUUUGAUCAAUGUAUGGACCAUUGAAGUUUGUUUUUAUUUCAUGUUUUGGGUGUGUUUACUUGUGUAUAGUAUUUUGGACUCUGGCAAGGAAAGGAGUUAAGAUGUAUGGGUUUUAAAACCCUAAUUGCAAGUACCUUGUGUCCAUUAAUAAUCAGAAUAUGUCCAAAAUAUCACCACAAAAACAGCAAAAUCUGCAUGGGGAUUUAAGAUCCCACCUUAUAACCCUCCCUUCAUGGGUAUACUCUGCCUGUUAUAAUGGGAUACAGUGGAAAUUGCAUCCUCAAAUAAUACCAGAAUUCAAGUAAGAUUUUAAACAAUUAUAUUGGCUCAUGUUAUAAUUUGUGGGUACUUUGCUAAAAUGUCAGCAGGUGACUGACAGCAGCUCAGGUUUUGAAAAAAAUCUGAUAUUGAACCAUGAUUUUAACUAAUUGAACUAUGAUUCCUUAUUAUCUUUUGAAGGCAUUUGACUAUUUUAAUGUGCAUUGUAUGCUUGGUGACCAUGACACUAGCUGAAUGUAUAUUUUAAGUGUGCUAUCAACUAAAGGAUUUGCAAACUUAUGCUGUUGAACAUUUAGACUGUUGAAUUAGUCUUGUGAUACAGGUUGUGUUGGUCAUGUGCUUCAUGUGCUUCAUUUAGAGCAGUUCAAAUUGUUGUGACUUGGGAGACUAAAAUGGAGGUCGGGAUCUCAGCAGAAACAAAGAAUAGAGGUGAUUAGGGGUAAAAUGUACAGACCAAAAAAUAGUUGAGGAAUCUUUUUGUUUUAAACAAACGGAUUCAUCACGUGUGAGUCAUUGUGGUUGUGCUAAACACUACCAGCACUUGUGGUUUAUGUUUUUUUUGACAUAUGGGAAGGAGAAUCUGUUUGUUAGCAGUGCUGGUGUAUGUCCACGGGCUAAACACAAUGUAUGUAACUCGCACUUAUCACCUUUUAAAAUGUUUUUAUGUUGAAGGACCUGAUUUCAUUUAUACUGUAAAUGUGAUAUUUUUAUAUUUCUCUUUGUACCUAAAAUGUAUUGAAUACAUUAUACGGAUAAAGGCAUUUCAAUGAGUAGCCUUUUAAGGACCCCAUAUAAUGGAAGUGAGCAUUUAAUUGAUAAUGUCGGCACUUAGUUAUGCAAGUUAAACAGCAGGAGGGCUCAUUCUCACCACUGAAUGCUGGAUUGUCAACAGCAGAAACUGAUUACGCUAAAUUUGGAGAGAUGGCAAAUUGUAAGCAAAGCAGCAGAAAUGGAGUAUGAUUAAAGCCAGAUGCAAUUUUGUUAUUUUAUUGCUCUGUCUCUUCACUGGGAUCAUUGUGCCUUAUUGAAAUUGGUAGAGUGCAAAAGUUACAACUCAAAACUCAAAAGAUGAUGAAUUACAUGAGGUCUUUAAAAUAUGUUCUACUCUGCUUUACAAUGUUUUUUUUGUUGUUUCAUGUAAAGUUUAAAUGACAGAGUUCAUGCUAUAUUACUGUUACAGUACUUUAAAGGAAGAGUUGGACAUUUGGGGAAAUUUGCUUAUUCAAUUUUUGGAGGAGAGUUAAAUGAGAAGAUUGACACCAUUCUUAUGUAUAUGCAUUACAUAUAAGGCGGCAGCCAGCUAGCUUAUCUAAGCAUAAAGGAAGGAAACAGUUGCCUGCAAUAGCUUCACAUUUACAGUACAGACAUUACAGCAGUAACAAUGUUUUCACCUAACUCUCCACCAGAAGGUUAGUAAGCUUUUUUGCCGAAAUGUUGAACUGUUCCUUAAAUAUGUUACAUGACCAUAGAUUAUGAAGGAUUUAUUAAAUCUUACUACCUUUUGGUAAACAUUUGUAAUCAUAUAUAUUGUUUGUUUGGUACUCAGCUUGCAAAAUAUGUGUGCAGCACAAAAUAUUUCUAAGUAAUUUCGUCUUGAAAUACUGAAAAUUUAAAAUACACUUUUGAAUUGAAACAAUGCACACUUUGACCUCAUAAUUCUGCAAUUUGAACCCUUUCAUCUCACAUUUUCCGUUAAACUUUUGUUAACUCUUGCUCAGAGAAUCUGGAGUUACGUUUUCUGAAUCCAUCAGUGAUUUUUAUCCUCCCAUGAACCAAUUUGGUUAGAUUUUCAAAGCUGAAAUACAAUUAUGGGGCUGGAGAUCUUGAAUUGUGUGGUGUGUUUUUUUUUUCUCUUUACAUGUUUCUUCUAUGUAAGAUGCUUAUUAUGUGUGUGAUUUUUUUUUUUUUUUUU